AUGGAGUCUUUCUUGCAGAUCGCACCCCACUCUCUGGCCAUCGUGCUGUCCAGGGUCGGGGCUGGGGAGGCGGUAGGGGCGGCCGGGGUGUCGGAGAGCGACGAGCUGCCGAGACAUCACACCGGCUAUGAGAUAUUUGCCGAUUUCAAAGCGGAAAACGCUCAACAUCACGUAUGGAAUCAACGGAUUACCGAGGCUGUGUCUGACACUUUCUUCCUUGGAUGGAUAGACGAGCAUGUGCUGCUUAUACAGGGGAAGGAGGAUCACCUGGAGGUCCUGAGGGAGGGAUGGAUGCGGAGGUCCCUUAACCCGCCCAGAGGAUUCACCAUCAAAUACCUGGGUGAUGUGUCACCCAUCAGUAUGUCCCCUAUCAGCCAAUCCCAGUUCAUCCCUCUGGGAGAAGUAUUGGUAUUGGCUAUCUCUGCUAUGAACUCUGCACAUAAACCUGUCACCCAGGAGGCCCUAACGGAACACCUCCAGACAUGUUUUCCAGGUGUUCCCACACCAACAGAGGAGGUCCUUCACCACACCCUUAACAUGUUGGUCCGUGAACGCAAGAUCUUUCCAACACCUGACGGAUAUUUUAUUGUCACUCCUCAAACUUACUUCAUCACUCCAAGCCUAAUCCGAACUGGCUCCAAGUGGUACCACUUAGAUGAGCGAUCUGCUGAACGACACCAACAUCAGAAUCAACAGCAGAAUCAGCAGACUCAGUGCACCUCUCCUCUCUCUGGCACCAUCACGCCAUCUACUUCUGGUGGGGUGAGAGAUCGAAGUCACCCGAAAUCUAACCAAAACCACAGCGGGGGUGGCGGAGGCGUGGAAUCCUUUUUUAACAACACCUAUCGUGGGGACGACCCCCCCAGUCACCACACUACUCUGCAGCUCCGAUCCCCCAAAGACCACCGGGAGGCAUAUUCGUCUCCGCACUCUCCACAGUCACCACCUCAGCCAGCAGGAGGUAACACAGAAAAGAGCCGCAGCACCCUCGGGUUCCCUUUCAAGACGGACACGCUCACAAAGCAUCGCGGAGGGGGAGGAGGAACUGGUGAGCUGGAAAAGCAGCCAGGAAGUGGUACGGCGAGUCGCAAGUUUGGUUUGAAGCUGUUUCGUCUCAGCUUUAAGAAAGACAAGACAAAGCAGCUGGCCACCUUCUCUGCACAGUUUCCCCCUGAGGAGUGGCCUCUUCGUGAUGAGGAGGCACCUAGCCAGCUCCCGCGUCACAUAGAGAUGGAAAUUAUCCGCAGGAUUAACCCUGAUCUCACAGUGGAGAACCUUGCCCGGCACACGGCAGUCAUGAAGCGCCUUGAAGAGGAGCGGGCACAGAGGAGCAAAGCAUCAUCGGCCAAUCACAGUUCAAGAAGUAGAAGAAGUGGGGGCAGACACAGGAAGCCGUCUCAGACCAAACUUAGUCGCUCGCAUAGUAAGACAAGGGCGUCCCGGGGUGAGCAGAGCGAGAGUUCCCAUCUGGAAUUAACCGACCGGGACUAUAGAGCUUACUCAUCAUCACUAGCUCGAUCACCGAGGGAACACGCCCUGGCCAUGGAGCGUCAACGGACGCGCCUCCAUCUGGCACAUAGCAACCCCAACAUCCUUGACUCGUCCCACCUACCGGUCACACCAGAGUGGGACGUAUCUGGAGAGCUUGCAAAACGACGGACAGAAAUGCCUUUCCCUGAGCCGUGUCACGGCCCAUCAGCACACCACUCGAAAGUCCACCGUUCCCACUCACACACGCAGGAGAGGAAGUCUAGGAAUGAACGCAGCGAUAAAGCCAAGGAACGUUCCAGAUCAAUGGAAAACUCAAAAGGACCUCUUGGAGCUGGCUUGAUAGGACCACCAAGUUACUACGAUGAUCGAAGUCGUUACUACACUGAUGAUGGAACAUUACGAGCCAACCAGGGCUCUUGCCAUUACACUCAUGCCACUCCCCCAUUGGCUAAGAUGCCUGGGGAAUCACUUGGGUUGGACAGUGGCAGGAGUUUAGAGAAAUGUAAGAGCCGGGACAGUCUGCCAGCAUACUCUCCUAAACCACAGCACAACUCUGUCCCUCCUGAUGGCUACUUCCAGUGCUCCGGUUCUUCUGAGGCUAUACUCACAGCCCCAAGCCCACUGGGAACUCUUGGCAAAAGUAGCCAAGAUGGGUUGAAAUUGGGCUGCACUGAGAGGCAAACAGAAAGACAAACACCACAUCCUCAAGAAUUGAAGGAGGACUUUUCAAAAGCGGGACCUAAAGGUGGCAGUCUGCCUCCAAUACCUCUCUCCAUGCCAGAUCCCCCUGUUUCGAAUGCACGACCUCUCCACAGUGCCUCCUGUGGUCAAGAAAAACGUAAGGAGAUCUUUAGUAAAGAUACACUUUUUAAACCACCUCCUAGCCUUCCUUUGCCAGGAUACAGCUCUUUGAGGAAAACCCCAGUCCUUGCCUCCUCCACUCUGUCUUCAUCCUGCGAUGCACUUGAUUCCCAGGAGGCCUUUGAUGCUCCCAAACCCCUGGUUGCCACGCCCUCUGCCCCCAUACAGGGGAUUGAACCCACAACCAGUGCUGCAGAGGCUUCCUUUGACUAUUACAAUGUUUCAGAUGAUGAUGAACUUGAAGAGGGAGGAACUAAAAGUACAGGAGAGGACGGCAAAAGUGGAGGAGGUGUUGUUGGAAUGGGAGGAGGUGGAGCAGGCACCAUGCAGUGGCUGUUAGAAAGAGAGAAAGAAAGGGAUCUGCAGAGAAGGUUUGAAAGAACCCUCACCUUCCCAGGUUCGAAAGAGAACCUUCCAGAACCCAGUCAGAAUCAGCAGUCAGCACACUCUGCAAGACUUGACAGUAUGGACUCCAGCUCAGUUACUGUUGAUAGUGGAUUCAACUCACCAAGAACAAGAGAGAGUCUUGCAUCGAACACCUCGUCCAUAGUGGAGAGUAAUCGUCGGCAGAAUUUGGCCCUGAGUCCUGGCCACCUCGGAAUUACAAAUAGCAACGGUCCCCCUUUCUCAUUCCGCACCAUCCCAGAACCAGCUGGCAGCCAACCGGAGAAACUCCAAAAGCCUAACGCCUGCCUUGCAUCAAUCACCAGCGUCUAG